AUUCAUCCAUUAUCACUUUCUUCAGAGCUCAGAGAGAAGUGAGAUCCAACAGCUGCCAUCAUGAAAUUCCUUCUGCUCACUGUUGGAUUGGCCCUUGUUGGUGCUAUCCAGGCCUUUGAAAACAUCCCCUUCAAGAAACAUUUAGAUGUUGAAAAGAUUAGAGGAUCAUGGUUUCUCAGACAAGAAGUAAUGGCCAUGAACUUCUCAGACUCCUUGUUGAUCAUGGACAUUAAGGAAAUGAACCUGACUCCCGAAGGCAACAUGGAACUGGUUGUAUUAGAGAGGACUGACAAGUGUGUUGAGAAGAUGUUUCUUCUAAAGAAAACUGAGAAACCCACUGAGUUUGAGAUCUACAUUCCUUCAGAAUCUGCCUCAUACACAUUCUCUGUGAUGGAAACUGAUUAUAAUAACUACAUCCUCCUUUGCUUGGAGGACAUUAAUUCCCGGGAGAAAAUGGCAUGUGCUCACUAUGUCAGAAGAAUUGAGAAAGACAACAAAGGCGUAGAAGAAUUCAAGAAUAUUUUUAGGACUUUCCCCAUGCCCUACACAAUGAUUGAAGUUCGAACAAAUGAUCUGUGCCGUGUUUAAAGGGAAAGCAGAGGAAGUUAUCUCCCUCCAAGAUCACCUCUCAGUAUGACAGAAUUUACGGCAGUUUCUAUUCUGAAGUCACUAAUAUACUAAAAAUCAAGAAUACCAUUUAAUUCUUUCACUUUCUUCUUUUUAUUUAAGAAAGUGAUGCCUACUAUGUUUCUGUCCUGCGCAACUUUUGCUUCCUUUAUGAGAGGCUUCUCUUUUUGUAGUAAAUAAAUAUUUUCAACAAUUA